AUGAAGGAAGAAGUAAUUGAAAGGUACAAAGAGUUCAUUGGUGACAAUGUUCUCUUCCAAAUUCUAUUGGGAAACAAGAAACCCCCAAAGAGGGCUGUAAAAAAAGCAAAACUAGAGAGAAAGGCAACAAAAGAAGAGGAUGAGUUUGGAAUAGAUGAGUCAGAAGCAUUUAUGUUUACGCACUCCCCGGGGUACAUUACAGGAACACUUCGUCACUAUCAGAUAGAAGGACUAAACUGGCUUAUAAAUAUGUAUGAAAAGAAGAUCAACUGUAUUCUAGCAGAUGAAAUGGGUUUGGGAAAGACUCUUCAGACGAUUUCUCUUCUUGGGUAUUUAUAUACAACAAAGAAGAACAAACUGCCAAAUCUCUUAAUUGUGCCCAAGUCAACUCUACAGAACUGGAAGAACGAGUUCAAAAAGUUCAUGCCAGGAAUAAAGACAAUUAUUUUCCAUUGCAGCCGGAAAGACAUUAAAUUAAAAGCAAAGGAGUUGCAGGAGUUGGACUAUAUUGCCUGCAUAACAACGUAUGAGAUGUGUCUAGCAGGUAAGAGCCAGUUACAGACUGUGGAUUGGCAGUACAUUGUAAUAGAUGAGGCACAUCGUAUUAAGAAUGAGCAGACUGUUCUUAGCAAGGUUGUGCGAAUAAUUCCGUGCACGCACCGACUUCUACUUACUGGAACACCAUUACAGAACAAUAUUCAUGAGUUGUGGGCACUUCUGAAUUUUUUAGCUCCUGAAGUGUUCUCUGAUGGAGAAGGGUUUGACGCGUGGGUGGAGUCUUCUUCAAAUGAUACAGGAAAUGAAACCGUUGAUAAGCUCCGAAAUCUUUUGGGGCUUUUUAUUCUGAGAAGAGAGAAAGCAGAUGUAGAAAAGUCUUUACUGCCCAAAAAGAUAAUAAAUCUAUACUCACCUUUAACAGACAUGCAGAGAAAGUGGUACAAGAUGAUUCUAGAAAAGGAUGCAGAGAAUGUAGUUAAUGAAGGGUCAAAGGUGCAGUUGAUGAAUAUUGUGUGCCAGUUGAGAAAGUGCUGCAAUCAUCCGUAUCUAUUUGAUGGGGCCGAGCCAGGCCCCCCAUACACAACAGGCGAGCACAUUAUAGAAAACAGCGGGAAGUUAUUGAUGCUGGAUAAGCUGCUGGUGCAUCUUAAGCAGAAGGGAAGUAGAGUGCUUAUUUUUAGUCAAAUGACAAGAAUGCUUGAUAUUCUAGAAGACUACUGCAAUUACAGGCAGCAUGAGUACUGCCGAAUAGAUGGAAGCACAAGCACAGAGGAUCGAUGCGAGGCAAUUGAAGAGUUCAACAAACCCAACAGUGAAAUUUUUAUAUUUUUGUUGAGUACUAGAGCAGGUGGUCUGGGUAUUAACCUUGCCACGGCGGAUGUAGUUAUUGUGUACGAUAAUGACUGGAACCCACAAAUGGAUCUGCAGGCUCAGGACAGAGCCCACAGAAUUGGGCAGAAAAAACAGGUGUUUGUGUUUAACUUUUUAUCAGAGAACACAAUAGAAGAAAAAAUACUGGAGCGUGCGAUGAAAAAGCUGAAACUUGAUGAGAUAAUUGUGCAGAACCAAAAGAAAAAGGACAAUGCUAUAUCGCAGAACGAGCUUUUGGGGAUACUUGCAAGCGGCGUGGAUGAUGUGUUCAACACAGAAAACAAGAUAGAUCAGUCGAUUGAAGAGAUUAUCAGAAUUGGCAUGGAAAAAACAGACAUACUGAACUCAAAGAUUGAUGAGCAGGCUGUGCUAAAAGACCUGGCAAACAAUGAAAUAAAAGCAUACGAGUGGGAAGGAGAAGACUACAGCACAAAAAGCGCUAAGCUAAAGCUUGCAAAGUAUAUUGUAGAGCCAGAGGGAGGAAGAACCAGAGGAAUUUCUCAGGGCAUACUAACAAAGCGAAAGGCGGUUGGUAUACGGCAAUUUAGUCUUCCAGAGUACCAAUUCCAUCCAAAGCGGCUGCAUCUGCUCCAGAAGAAAGAAAUGGAAAAAUUCCAGGAGACAGAAUGCCCAGAUAAUCUUCUGAGCCAAGAAGAGGAGGCAGAAAAAAGACUACUUUUUGACCAAGGAUUUAAUAACUGGGCAAAGAGGGACUUUUGGAUAUACGUAAAGGCGUGUGAGCGAUAUGGAAGAGAUAAUAUAAAAAAGAUCUCUGCAAGUCUCUCUGAUAAAGGCGUGGAAGAAGUAGAAAAGUAUGGAAAAGUUUUCUGGGCCAGAAUAGAUGAACUUGCAGAUGCAGACAAAAUCCGUAUGCAGAUUCAAAAGGGAGAGCAUAAACUGCAGCGCACCCAAAAGAUAAAAGAGUAUCUGAAGGAAAAGAUAAAGAAGGAAGGAAACAACUUUAAAAUCCCUUAUCCAAUGAGUAACAAAUCACUAGGAUACACUGAAAGUGCGGAUAGAUUCAUUCUAUUAGCAUUAAAUAAGAAGAUAGGCACUCCGGAGUGCUAUGAUGAGCUCUGGCAUAAAAUACGAGAGACUGGCGAGUUUGACUUUGAUUAUUAUCUAAAGGUACGCACACCACAAGACCUUCAAAAAAGAGCUCAAUUUUUAUUCACUGGUCUAUUAAAGGAUAAAAAGGGAAGCAGCCCGUCUGGUUAGUAUAAUCUUUCUAAAUCAGAUAUAUGGUUUUGGUCUAUCGCAAAAUUACAGCCUGUGAACAUUUAACUAUUUCAGACACCAAUUCAAAUAAAUACAAAAUCUGAAAGCCUGUU